AUGGCAACUCGGAACUCGCGCGCUUUCAUGCAAGUGUCCGGCACCCGGCACAGGGCGGCUGGUGGGCGUGCAGGCUGCACCGCCCCGCCGCUCCCCCCUGCCGGCAACCCCCCGCACCCCCGCUGUUUAUUCUCGGCCGAGUGGCGGGGCGACAGUCGCCCGCGUGACGCGCUACAAUACGAACGCGCGUCGUCACCACAAAAUCACGGUCUUCGAAAGGUGCAUUCAUUAUCGAACGGAAUAAAAAGUACGCACACUCCAAAUCACGGUCGCAGGUUCAGUUCGGAAAUCAAAACACGUACGCGCAUUAAAAUACUACUAAACCAAAUCAAAAGAGGAAUACGCAAACAACGCUCCAAUCCGCGGCGCGUUAAAAAAAGCCGCGAAGUCCGCAUUUUAAUAGAACAAGUGAGAAUCGUUGACAGUGGCGGCGGCAAGCGCACGCGUGGAAUGCGCGGGAGUGGAUUCGUAUAG